AUGCUAUCCACGGAACAGGCUUCCAGCAGCCCUUAUAUGGCAACUACCAGACCGCCGCUGUCUCUACAAAACGGCAGCCGCAACAGCCUCUCCCGCCGGUACUCUUCGGCCACAGUCCCACCACCGUCCUCAUCCUCAAGUACCGCAUCUACGCCCAAUUCGCAUCACAAUCCUAAUGCCAUGCAACACAUCUGGAUAGUCACCGGGCCGGCAGGCUGCGGGAAGACUACCGUCGCCCAGGGCCUGGCAAAGGAGCUUCAUCUACCGUACAUAGAAGGAGAUGAUUACCACUCCAAGUCCAACAGAGAGAAAAUGUCCAACAGCAUCCCUCUCACCGAUGCAGAUAGAUGGGACUGGCUAAUUCAACUCCGUGAGGCCGCCAUCAGUGCGUUAACAACUCCCUCAUCGUCAUCAACCAAUUCUCCCCGGCCUGUUCCACCGGGCGUCGUUGCAACCUGUUCUGCCCUCAAGCAUAAGUACCGCGAUGUCAUCAGAGUCGCUGCCUAUGAUCAUCCUAGCGUUAAAAUCCACUUCAUCUACUUGCGGGCUCCGGAAGAAGUACUCCUGCAACGCGUCAGGCAGCGCAAGGGUCACUACAUGAAGUCCACCAUGGUCCAUUCGCAGUUCGAAAUGCUCGAAGAGCCAGACUCUGAAUGGGACGCGCUAUCUAUCGAUUGUGCCGCCUCUCCUGCCGAAGUACAGAGGCGGGUCAACUUUAUCGUCCGGCAGAAAUUGGACGAGUAUAAAUAA